AUGAAAGUGCGUGGUAUGGUGGAAGGUACGCCUUUAAUCUGGAAAGUCGACACCGGAGCGAGACGGACUUUUAUCACCGAAGAUACCUACUAUAGCAUUUAUGGAAAGGAUCGUCCUAUAUUGGAGCCUGCUCGUUCCAAGUUCGAGACAGCCGAUGGAAACGAGUUGUCGGUGUUAGGGACUACUAUUAUGUGUUUGACUUUUGGAGAUAUUAGUGUAAACUUUAGAGUUUUUGUGGCCAAUAUUAAAACAAAUUUAUUGGGCCAGGACUUCAUAACUCAAUUUAAAUGUCAAUGGGACUAUGACAACUGGAUGUUUAUCAUCACGGACAGAAAACCUAAAGAUGAAUCUGUCAACGAAAACGGAUUUAAAAGCAGCAGAGUGGUCAGUAUGGACACUGUAACUAUACCUGCUAAACACGAAAUGGUGGUGAGAUCAAGACUGACCAGAACAACUAACUCACAUGUUGGAGUUCUCGUACCUGAGAAAGUGUUUAUUCAUUCUCACGGAUUAGCCUUAGCGAAUGUUCUUGUUGAUACUUCACACAAAUCGCUAUAUACGAGAUUAUUUAACCCUGGUGACGAGCCAGUCACAGUGAAGAAAGAGACCAACAUGGCUGUUUUUGUACCGGUGAAAGAUAUCGGCAGGACGGUUUCAGACGUUGAUAACAUUGCCGAGCACGAUGACAUGUUACCGGAAUAUUUGAUGGAAAUGUACGAACGUGGAUGUACUAACCUGAAUUCUGAGGAACGUGCGCAGUUCAGGCAGUUCUUGAUAAAACACCAGACCACAUUUGCGGAUCCUAAGGGAAAGAUGGGAAGAACUACGUUGGGCGAGCAUACUAUAAAAUUAAAGGAUCCCGUACCAUUUAAGGAGGCACCACGGAGAGUGCCUAUAUACAAACGUAAAAUCUUGGAUGAAGAAAUAGCCAAGUUAGAACAACAAGGAUUGAUAGAGCGAUCGGAGAGUCCAUGGAGUUCACAACUUGUUUUGGUCCAAAAGCGGGACAAUUCCUGGAGAGUGUGUGGAUUACCGGCGACUUAA